AUGGUCGCCCAGGAGAUAUCGGUUUUGUUAUUCCAAUUUGCCUAUAUUCAACUUCUGCCUUUUUAUUUCCAAUAUGGAUUCCGAGUCAGAUUUUCAUCACUGGCAAAAAAAGUUAAAAUUACAGAUACAACCGAUGAAUGCAUACUUCACUCUACCAGCGACAACAGCAGUUUAGUGAGUCUAUCAUCUGUCAAAUCAUGGAAAACUUUCCUGAACGCAGUCACAAAAAGGAAACACGGAAGAUUGCUAGAAAUUGCAAAGUCAGUUACCGAAGAAGAUUAUCCUGUAUUGAAGUACCACCGUCAAUGUCGAAGCAUCUUUACCAUGAAAUCUAAACUCACUAGUAUUACGGCUGAGCAGAACGCGAUAUUACCAGAUCAACCAUCGGUGUCUUUUUCAGUGCGGUUACGUGAAAAUCAUUACACCAAAAUACGUCAGAACCAAUUCUACCAAUCAUCUGCAUUUUUUGUGAAAAAAGAACUGACAGGAAGUAGAACACGUGAAGAACUAGUGCAAUGUGUGGAGUUGAGAUCCAAUGAUACGAUCAAAGCCUCUGCUAUAUCGAAAAAUGACAGCAGAAUUGUUGGGUUAGCCGAGACUAUAUGUUUUGUUUCAGCAGAAGCAAAGUACCAUUUCUCAUGCUAUCGUUUGUGCACGCGCAUUGAUAGUUCAGCAAAAUCAUCUGAAAUAGCGGAAACGACUCUAGAAGAACAGGAAUUUCAGAAAUAUGCUAGUGUGGAAUAA